AUGGCUCGCACUAAGCAGACCGCUCGCAAGUCUACUGGAGGGAAGGCUCCUCGCAAGCAGUUGGCAACGAAGGCCGCUCGCAAGAGCGCUCCAGCCACCGGAGGUGUACCACCGUCGCCUUGCGACUUCAAGACCGAUCUGCGCUUCCAGAGCUCAGCUGUUAUGGCUCUGCAGGAAGCUAGCGAGGCCUGUCUGGUCGGUCUGUUCGAGGAUACCAAUCUGUGUGCCAUCCACGCCAAGCGUGUCACUAUCAUGCCGAAGGACAUCCAGCUGGCUCGUCGUAUUCGUGGAGAACGCGCUUAA